AUGGUAGACGAGGUCGUGGUGAUGAUUAUCGUGAUCUACGUGGAUAUCAUUUUGGUGGAUGGGUCUGACGAGGAUUGCAAGGAGUUGCUUGCUUCUCUCAACAAGAAAUUCCCCACAAAAAAUCUGGGAGAGUGCGAAUGGUUCGACAGAUGUGCCAUUGACAGAGAUGUGGAGGCUGGGACUCUUAAUAUCUCGGAAACCGCAUACAUCGACAGCAUGGUGAAACGCUUUGAUGUACAAUCGACCUCCCGCAUCCCUGCUUCCCCCGGUAUCGACCUAGGACCGAGGCGAGAUGACGAGAAGGGAGGGGAGUGGCCGGUGAGGGAGGCCAUCGGCAGCAUGAUGUGGGUGUCAGCGUUCUCGCGUCCAGACGUCUCGUUCGCCGCGCGUGCGGUAGCGCGCCACGCCCACGCCCCGGCGAGGAGGCACUGGGAUGCCAUCCAGAAGAUCCUCUGCUACUUGAAAGGGACCUCGGCAUCACCUACAACGGGGAUCGGGGUUAUGGCUGGCCGUAGCAUCGGGUCUUUGUCUUCGACGGAAGCCGAGUACAUUGCUGCCGGGGAGGGCGUCAAGGACGCGUUGUUUGUGCGUGCUGUGCUUUCGAUUGUUGCCCCAGAGACCCGUGGCAGCAGCAUCCAGGUCCUUGAGGACAACCAGGGGGCCAUAGCGUUGGUGCAGAACCCCCUCAGCUCAGGUCGCACGAACCAAAUCGACGUGAGAUUUCAUUUCAUCCGCGGAUUGUUAAGGUCGGGGGGCGUUUCGGUCAGGUUCGUGCCGACAACGGAGCAACACGCGGACCUCCUAACCAAGGCCCUUAGCAGGGCUAGUCUGCAGUACCACCGGCGCAAGUUGAUGAAUUUGCCGGAGUAGCUGUAGCAUUUUCUAGCACUUGGGGGAGGUCAUGUUUUCCAUGCGGGGAAAGGCGCAUAACUGUUGCGGUCUGUGUACCAAUGUCAGGAGUAGGGGGCGUUGGGAGACCAUCGUCCGGGGGAACGUAGUUCCUCGCGUUCUUGUCCUCGCCUUGGCAUUUCUAAUAAGUGCGGCCGUUGUGAUCCGCUGUGAUAGCGACGGUUUUUGUGGUGGUAGGGUUUUUUUUCCAAGGGGUUUUGCCCGGACGCCGGGUUUCCCCUCCAUAUGUUACAAUGCUGGUAUUUUCUGAUGUAUCCAGGGGCGUUCUUGCCCCAUUGAUGGUUCGUCACUUGCGUGAAGAACCAGGGAGGGUAUUCGUGGGGCUGCGAACAUUGGUGUCGGGUACAUGUGCUGGAUGACNGUUGUGAUCCGCUGUGAUAGCGACGGUUUUUGUGGUGGUAGGGUUUUUUUUCCAAGGGGUUUUGCCCGGACGCCGGGUUUCCCCUCCAUAUGUUACAAUGCUGGUAUUUUCUGAUGUAUCCAGGGGCGUUCUUGCCCCAUUGAUGGUUCGUCACUUGCGUGAAGAACCAGGGAGGGUAUUCGUGGGGCUGCGAACAUUGGUGUCGGGUACAUGUGCUGGAUGACUUGGUGUCACGCAGACUGGUGAGGCGACUGUGUUGCAUCUUUUGUCAAUGGAGCGUCAUGCCGCAACCUUGAUCAGCAUCCCUGAAACAACCAAAAAUAUGCUUGUUUUCUGUGGACUGGCUGACUUUACGUGAUGAAGCGCUCCGCGAUAAGCAUCGCACGGACUACAGAAUGUUUUCUCGCUCAACUUCACAAGCACGCAUACACUAGGCUGCAUCCCAUUCCCGCCCCACCAUCAUCAAUCCUCAAUAUUUACACUGCCACCUCCCCGGCAUGCAUUUGAACCCACAUACAGCAGGAGACCACGGAGAACGACAAACCCCACAGUGACCGUCUCGCCGCCCAAUCCCUGCGUACCGACAACGUGUUACCUAUUCCCGCUGAUUUCGCCGUCUUUCCAAACAUCAAUAGUCUGUACUUCAAUUUUAUCCCGACUGGUUGACAGCACCCGUCUCAGCACAGAUACGUCACUACUCAGCCAUGAAAAAUCAAAUACAAUACGUACGUGACAUUCUUGUCGGAAGGCAACCAUUUUCUAACGACCUUCCGAAAGAAUGCCUAAAGAAUGCCUGGACUU